UGAUGAUGAUGAUGAUGAAGCAGCAGCAGCAGAAGCAGCUAAAGAGGAACCAAGAAAGCCAACCCAGGAACACUGCAGCAGCAGAAGCAGCUCAGCCUCUGCAGCAGAGCAGCAGGCAGCAAACAGCAAUAGAAGCAGCUGCAGCAGCAGCAGUAGCUGCAGCAGCAGCAGCAGCAGCAGAAGCAGCAGGUCACCCUGGUGCGGCCGCUGUACAGCAGCAGCUGCAGCAGAGGCAGCAGCAGCAGCAGCUGCUGCUGCAGCAGCAGCAGCAGCAGCAGCAGCAGCAUCGCAGGACACAGCAGCGACAGUCUGCCCCUGUGCAGAUCUCUCGCAGUGUCGAGGAACACCGGGCGCAGCAGCUGCAGCAGCUGCAGCAGCUGCUGCUGCAGCACCAGCAGCAGCAGGAAUUUGAAGAGCUGCAGCAGCAGCAGCGACGCCUAGCACAGGAGAGACGACUGCAGCAGCAGCAGCAGCAGCAGCAAGAGCAGCACAUGCUGAUGCUGCAGGUAGAAGCAAAGAAGAUGGAAGCACAAAUAAUGCAGAGGAGACAUGACCUCGAUAAGCAGGAGCUGCAGCAGCUGCUGCAGCAGCAGCUGCUGCAGCAGCAGCACAGAGCUGCUGGAGUCGUGCAUAUGCUGAUGCUGCAGGUAGAAGCAAAGAAGAUGGAAGCACAAAUAAUGCAGAGGAGACAUGACCUAGAUAAACAGGAGCUGCAGCAGCUGCUGCAGCAGCAGCUGCUGCAGCAGCAGCACAGAGCUGCUGGAGUCGUGCAAAGACCCGACCCCCAAGAAGAAGAAAAAAAAAGGAGAAGAGCAGCAGAGAGGCGCUGGCUAGCGGAGAUGCUGGGAGACCUGCAGCAGCUGAAACUGCAGCAGCAGCAGCAGCAGCAGCAGCAGCAGCAGCAGCAGCCACAGCAACCGCAGCAGCCGCAGCAGCAACAGCAACCGCAGCAGCAGCAGCAGCAGCAGCAGCAGCAGGCAUUCGUGCAUAGCACCUCUUAUGAAUUUGAUCAUCAGCAAGAAACCGCAGCAGCCGCAGCAGCAACAGCAACAGCAACAGCAGCAACAGCAGCAGCAGCAGCAGCAGCAGGCAUUCGUGCAUAG